GCGGCCAAUGAGGCGCGGGCACGGCAGGGCCUCGGGCCAAUGGGCCGAGCGGCCUGGCGCGGGGGGCGGGUGCCGGGGCCGAGGGUAGCUUGAGCGCGGCGGCGGCGUUGUUCAGUCAGAGCGAGAACAUUCCAGAGGUCGCCAGGCCCCGGGCGCUGAAGGGUGUGGACCCCGGACGUCGCUGGGACAGCCCCUCCCCGCUGCUCGGCGGCGCCUGGCCCGGCCGCUGCUCGCGCUGCCUCCGCCGCCCCCGCCGCCCCUCGUCGGCCUCGGGUUCCCUCGCGCCGCACUUCAUCCCAGUCCCGGGCGAGCAGCGUUGGGUUUAUGUCUUUAUUUGACGAAAACGAGCUGUUGCGCAGCCAUUGGUACCUGUAUUGGGGAAACAUAGCAUACAAGCAAGGAGCUCGCAGCCUCAGUGGCGAAAAUAUUUUCAUGUCAGAGACCGAGAACUCUUGCAGUCGUUUAUGUCAUCCCUUCUUCUCCAGACAGAAGAUACCAAAAAGUUGCAAUCAAAGAUCUCUUCAUCUUAUUGAUAAGGCCACUAAUAAGCCAAAAUGUCUGUCAACGUCAACCGCAGCGUGUCAGACCAGUUCUAUCGCUACAAGAUGCCCCGUCUGAUUGCCAAGGUUGAGGGCAAAGGAAACGGAAUCAAGACAGUUAUAGUCAACAUGGUUGACGUUGCAAAGGCGCUUAAUCGGCCUCCAACGUAUCCCACCAAAUAUUUUGGUUGUGAGCUGGGAGCACAGACCCAGUUUGAUGUUAAGAAUGACCGUUACAUUGUCAAUGGAUCUCAUGAGGCGAAUAAGCUGCAAGACAUGUUGGAUGGAUUCAUUAAAAAAUUUGUUCUCUGUCCUGAGUGUGAGAAUCCUGAAACAGAUCUGCAUGUCAAUCCAAAGAAGCAAACAAUAGGUAAUUCCUGUAAGGCCUGUGGCUAUCGAGGCAUGCUUGACACACAUCAUAAACUCUGCACAUUCAUUCUCAAAAACCCACCUGAGAAUAGUGACAGUGGUACAGGAAAGAAAGAAAAGGAAAAGAAAAAUAGAAAGGGCAAGGACAAAGAAAAUGGUUCUGUGUCCAGCAGUGAGACACCUCCACCGCCGCCACCAAAUGAAAUCAGUCCUCCUCCACAUGCUGUGGAAGAAGAGGAGGAUGAUGAUUGGGGGGAGGAUACAACUGAGGAAGCGCAAAGACGACGAAUGGAUGAAAUCAGUGAUCACGCAAAAGUUCUGACACUCAGUGAUGAUCUGGAAAGGACUGUUGAGGAGCGGGUCAAUAUCCUGUUUGAUUUUGUUAAGAAAAAGAAAGAAGAAGGUAUUAUUGACUCAUCUGACAAAGAAAUUGUUGCUGAAGCAGAAAGACUGGAUGUAAAAGCCAUGGGCCCUCUUGUUUUGACUGAAGUUCUUUUUAAUGAGAAGAUUAGAGAACAAAUCAAGAAAUAUAGGCGCCAUUUCUUGCGAUUUUGUCAUAACAAUAAGAAAGCUCAACGGUAUCUUCUUCAUGGGUUGGAGUGUGUGGUAGCAAUGCAUCAAGCGCAGCUCAUCUCCAAGAUCCCACAUAUAUUGAAGGAAAUGUAUGAUGCAGACCUUUUGGAAGAAGAGGUCAUCAUCAGCUGGUCAGAAAAGGCGUCUAAGAAAUACGUCUCAAAAGAACUUGCCAAAGAGAUCCGUGUCAAAGCAGAACCAUUUAUAAAGUGGUUGAAGGAAGCAGAAGAAGAAUCAUCUGGUGGUGAAGAAGAUGAUGAAGAUGAGAAUAUCGAGGUGGUAUAUUCGAAGACUGCCAGUGUACCGAAGGUUGAAGCUGUGAAGUCUGACAACAAGGACGAUGACAUUGAUAUUGAUGCCAUUUAAAGGGGUGGGUGCAGCCCAGCUUAACAAUGUAAUGCUGCGAAUUGUUCUGCAUCAUCAGCCAGAAGUGCAACAUGUAUGUGCAAAAGCUAAAAUGGCUUAGCAUCAUGCUACACUUUCUACUAAAAUUGUAUUGCUGUGAGUGGUCUGUAAUAAGCCCAAUGAGACAUCUAGGGAGUCCAUACACAUAUCUGUGAGCAGAUGUAGUUUGCUUAUUUAUAGCAUGUUUCUUUUUGAAAAAUUAGUGGUGGACACAUUUGGAUCACAUUUAUACAGUUAUAAAAAAUAAAGAUUUGAUUUUGGUCAUUCUUCAGAUUUUUGGCUCUGAAUGACUUAAGCUAAAAUAAUUGGCUCCUUUUUAAAAUGUUGCUCCAUCAUUUAACCUGAGAAUUCUUGGAGCCUGCUAGAUAUUGUUAGGUGCUGAGACUCCAAAGAGAUCUUCAGCAGAAUGUAAACACAACUUACCUGUAAUUACCUUAUUCAGCCAUUAAGUAUAAUACUUUAAAGUCUUAUUUCCUGUCCUCAAAUUGGCAUUUGGUAGAUAUCUGUACUUCUCAUGCCAAGGUGGACUGAUAAUCAAAUAACAGUGCAACACCUUUAUCUUAGAAGUAAAAAUGACCUGAGUGUCCUAUAAAUAAUUUAAGAGCAGGUUUUGAAACUUGAAUUGUGGGUUUUUUUUAAUUUCUGUUUUGUUUCGUUUUUGGUUUGUGUACACUUGCCCCCAAAUUGUAGUCUUUGAAGUAAUGUACAUUGCACGUUGGAUGAGCCAGGGGAAUUACUACAUUAAUAACAAAAAAAGCAUUUUAUGUGUAUGUAGCUGUUGCUUUGUACUGAGAGAAACUCUCAAACUUUGGGAUAUGAUUAAAUAAUAAUCUAUGAUUUAUUUGGGGAAGCAGGAAAAGGUGCACUUAAUCUCUAGCAAAAUCCAUAAAAUUUCAGCUUUUGCUUUUUUGGUUUAAAUGACUAUUUCAAAAUGACUAAACAUACUGUACCUUUUGUUCAGUGUGGAUUUUCCCCUGAUGGUAUGGUUUGUUCCUUAAUGCCUUUUACGUUUGGACACAGCUUAUGCUUUUUCUGAUUUGGGUUGCUAUCUUGCCAAAUAAGUGUUAAUGUCUCAAACAUUUUUUUUUUUCUUUCAAGAUGUUUUAUUUAAGCAAAGUUAAACGAGUAUUUCAAAGUCAGAGCCUAUAUUUUGGUCUGAGACUUGGGGUAUUUUUAUUUCACAUUGAAUAUAGCCAUGCACCCAAGAAGUGUGUGAUGAAGGCCACUGAAUGCGGGUGACUAAGGUCCGAACCAGUCACCUGGAGCUUUAAAAUUUGGAAUAUCUUUAUUGUAAAUUUUUUGCCCGAUUAACUGAUCCAAAUGCAGUUGAUACAGGUUCUACCUGAGAGAUUCUUCUUAACAUUUAUUCCUUAGCAUAUAAAGUGUACUGUGGGAGUCAAGAUUCCAUGGGGUUUAUUUUGUUUAGAACACUGGCUUACAUCAUUCACCUGACUCCGUGGUUUGUGAUCCACCUCACAGAUUAUAAUGAGACCUUAACAAAUGUAUGUAAAGUUUUUUCACAUUGAAAUUAAUACAAACAUUUGAUAUAAUAAACCUUAUUAGCUUAAUAGUUUAAGGUAUUAAAAUCUAGCAUUCUUACUGGAGAGAUAAAAUGGUCUCCAGCUGCCUUUUGAUUUUGAUGAGUGAAGCAGGAGCCAUAAACCUGGGUGGAAUGUGCUUUGUCACACCAAAGAAAAAAAAAGUUUUUGAAACUCCAAUCUUAACUAGAUUUCACAUUCUUUAUCAUAGGCCAGUUUGCUUUCAUUAAUCCAAAUAAUACUAAGUGAGAUACCAGUGACCUGAUAAGCCAAGUUGGAUUCAGCAUAAGCAGUGUCAAGUUAAUGAGGUUUAGGUAACAGAUCUUUUUUUUUUCCUUUAAUCUGAAAAUAUAAUAUUCAGGGCUUCUAGACACUAAAGAGAAAAUUUUGGCUUAAACCAGUGUUUAGUCUGGUGCCAAAUUUCCAAUGGAAAUCAAACCUACAUAAUUUUAUUCACAGGCGACCAAUAGAGUGAAUCCUUCACUUUGCUCUAUUCAACUGUCUUAAAGUUUCCUGUUUCAAACAGCUAUGUUACUUGAUUAAAACAAUGUUAAAAUUA